CGCGCAGUGUGCCGGGGCGGGACAAGUCGUCGCCCGAUGUGACGCUGCUGCCGCCGUUCGGGCGGCCGCCGGGGGGCUGGCCGUUCGGGGCGGUCAUGCAGGUGGACGGCUGGCAGCACUGCAAGGGGCACUACCACCGCAAGAGCUCCCGCAACCAGCGCCGCAUCGACAACGUGAACGACCUUGCCGCCUGGCGCGCCUGCAUGCCGGUGCUGCGGGUCUCCUGGCGCGACCGGGCGCUGCUGCCGCGCCUGCGGGAGGCGUUCCUGCUGGCCCUGCUGGCAAACCCGGGCAAGCCAUUCAUCAUGCUCUCAACGGCCUACCUGCGGCACCUGGACUGGGAGUGGCUGCAGGCUGACGUGGGUGCCGCAGUGGUGUGCCGCCUGCC